AUGGGAGAUACGCAAGAACUUCCCUCCAAAAAGCGCAAAACCCUGCAUGAUUAUUUCAAAGCGCCCAGCAAGACCCCAAGCGGGGAGCCAGCGCUCAAGCAGCCGCGAGAAUCGUCAAUACCCGGGUUUUCAGUCCUGCCAUCAUUGGUUUCUCCAUCCGAGCAGGAAAACAUCCUCGCCUUCCUCAAAAACCAAGCAUGGCGUACCGAUCUCUCGCGCCGCACAAUUCACUACGGCGGUACCUACUGUCUGAUGCCUCCCAAAAACGCCACAACAGCUGAACGAGCCGCUGUCGAGCGCAAUAUCAUUCCCGCACCUCCUAUUCCAUUGGAACUGCACUGGCUCAUUGACCGCAUGGUCGCACGCGGCUUCUACGACGAUCACGCACGGCCUGAGUUCUGCAUCGUGAACGAGUACCUCCCCGACCAAGGAAUCUCUGCGCAUGUCGAGAACUUCCGUUUCGGCGAGCCGGUGUGCAGCUUGACGCUGGGCUCUGGGGAUUUUAUGCGGUUUCAUGAGUUGGCCGCGCCGCAUGAUGGCUCUGUCAGAUCGUUCAAGGCUGUGCAGGCGCCGAGGACUGGGAGAAGAGAGGAUGUUUGGCUGCCUUCUGGGAGCUUGGCGGUGCUCACGGGAGAUGCAAGGUACCGGUGGCAGCAUGAGAUUGUGCGUGGCAAGAAGGGGAAAGAGGCGGGUUGGAGACGGGUGAGCUUGACUUUUAGGGUCGAGGUGAAGGGACAAGCGUCAGGAAGAAAGUAA